AUGCCGCCCAUGUCAGAAGAGGACCUCGCAUGGUUCAAGUCGACCUUUCGUCCUAUUCCACGUCCUCAACUGCCCGAGGACGCUAUUGAGUACUCGCUGUAUCUACUUUCAUCAGACCCCGCCCCCGCCACGACAGAUACAGUUGUCCAAACACGUUCGCGCCUUCAGGAGGUCCAAAAGAGUGCCUCCGAGCUUAUAAGAGACAUUCUCAAGGAUUACAUCUGGCAGCGAGAUCCCUUCAAUCUCGAGAUCGCAAAAGAUAAUGAUAUAACGUACCUUCGGGGGCGAACCAAUUUCGGCGAUUCUAUCGAAGAUGAAUGGGUUAUUGUAUUUCUGCUCCGGGAGUUGACAAGAAAACAUAAAGAUUUGUGGGUUCGUGUCGUCGACAGUGAUGGCGAAUUUCUGCUCAUUGAGGCAGCUGGAAGUCUGCCGGCGUGGCUGGAGCCCGAAGUGGCCGAUUACAGGGUUUGGAUAAACAAUGGCCAUUUAGUUAUCAUACAGCCAAAACAAGACCGAAAACGAGUCACAGAGAAGAUAUCGCUCGAUGACUUUAUGAGAAUUGCCAUGCAUGAAACCGGACGCUUAUUACGCUCCCCUUCUAUCGAAGAAGAAGCUUUCUAUCGCCUGCGAAAUUAUCCCAAACAGAUAGAAGAAAAUCUCCACUGCGCCCUGGUGAGCAUCCCGCGCAAGGUUGCAUAUCUAGUCCACAAAAAGUCUUCCUAUAUUUCACCAGCUGUGGAGGCUUUCUAUACUCGCGAUCCGAUUUCAUUGAGGACUUUGAGAGCAAGUAGCAAACAAGAUUUGCUAUUUUCUCCUGACGAUCUUGUCACGGUCAGUGUUCGAUUCACUAGAGUAGGAUAUGCCCAACUCAGAAGUCAAGACUUCCCGACUCCCGCAUCAUGGGCGCAAAGUCUACCGCCCCAAAUGGAUGGCGAGGCCUAUACCAGGGCAGAAUCAGGAAUGAAAGUCUCUUGUGGGUUCGAGAUGCUGCUUAGUGAUCCACAAAAUCAAGAUAAACCCAUUGUUCGAGAGAUGAAACUCUUACUUGAGGAUCUUGAUACCGGGGACGAACGUUUGCCAACCACCGAAGAAAUCAAACAUUCUUGGAGUCUUCAGCAGGACGAUGAGGGCUGGUUAGAUAUUAGUUUCGAGGACCUCGACAGGGAACUAAAGGGAAAGGCUAGCGAGACUCAAGGCUCUGGAGCCUUUGGGAAUUCGAGUGCACAAGAAAACCUCCAGCGGAUUGUUGCUCGGUUCGAAGAAUUUUUGAAAGAUGAUUCCGCCAAUUUUGACGGUGUGAAUCUAUUCGAUUCCGACACAGAUGAUGAAGCCGACGAGGAUGGCUUGAGCAGCGAAGAUGAAGAAGACGAAAACCUGAAGUUCGAUAAAGAGGAAUACAUGAAACUGAUGAGAGACAUGACGGGCGGAAAUUCAGGCAUUGACUUGCGAUCGCAACUCAAGUCAGCACGUGCGAAAGGAAGAAUCGAGGAGCUUGACUCUUCAGAUGACGAUAGCCACGAGAUCGAAGAACUCACACGACAGAUGGAAGCAGAGCUUAGACCCACUGGUGUUUUGAACCACAACAGACGAGAGGCCGCCCGGAAUCCGACUGAUGCACGCGAUAAGGGCAAACGAAGGACCGAGGCUGAAGAAUCCGACGAUGAGAGCUCUCUGAAUAUAAAUCUUGCCAAGAACCUCCUUGAAAGUUUUCAAAGCCAGGCCGGUAUGCCUGGUCCUGCGAGCAAUAUUCUCGGGAUGAUGGGCAUGAGGAUGCCUCAAGAUGAUCGCAAGUGA